AUGUUAAAUCAGAGAAACCAGCCGGGCAUGCUUUUACUCCUGAUCCUGCUGUGCCAGUUCAUGGAAGAUCGCACAGUCCAGGCUGGGAAUUGCUGGCUCCGGCAGGCAAAGAACGGUCGUUGCCAGGUCUUGUACAAAACUGGUCUCAGCAAAGAAGAGUGUUGCAGCUCGGGGAGGCUUAGCACUUCGUGGACUGCAGAAGACGUGAAUGACAGCACGCUUUUCAAGUGGAUGAUUUUUAACGGGGGCGCCCCGAACUGCAUCCCUUGCAAAGAAACGUGUGAUAACGUGGACUGUGGACCUGGAAAGAAAUGCAAAAUGAACAAGAAGAACAAACCUCGGUGUGUCUGCUCUCCAGAUUGCUCCAAUAUUACUUGGAAGGGCCCAGUCUGUGGACUAGAUGGCAAAACCUACAAAAAUGAAUGUGCUCUCCUCAAAGCCAGAUGUAAAGAGCAGCCAGAGCUAGAAGUCCAGUACCAAGGCAAAUGUAAAAAGACUUGUAGAGAUGUUUUAUGUCCAGGCAGUUCCACGUGUGUGGUGGAUCAAAGCAAUAAUGCAUACUGUGUGACAUGUAAUCGGGUUUGUCCAGAGCCUACCUCCUCUGAACAGUAUCUCUGUGGGAAUGAUGGAAUAACUUAUCCUAGUGCCUGUCACCUGAGAAAGGCUACCUGCCUGCUGGGCAAAUCAAUUGGAUUAGCCUACGAGGGAAAAUGUAUCAAGGCAAGGUCCUGUGAAGACAUCCACUGUAGUGGUGGAAAGAAAUGUUUAUGGGACUCUAAAGUUGGCAGAGGCCGCUGUUCACUCUGUGAUGAGUUGUGUCCUGAGAGCAAAUCUGAUGAGGCUGUCUGUGCCAGUGACAAUGCCACUUAUGCCAGUGAGUGUGCCAUGAAGGAAGCUGCCUGCUCCACAGGUGUGGUCUUGGAAGUAAAGCACUCAGGAUCUUGCAACUCCAUUACUGAAGACACGGAAGAGGAGGAGGAAGAUGAAGACCAGGACUACAGCUUUCCUAUAUCAUCAAUUCUAGAGUGGUAAACCCUCCAUCAGUGUUGGGAUAGCCUUU